ACAACGUUCGUCGAAGUCACUAGCCCGGAACGGACAUUCCAGCCGGUGACGGCGGCCAUGCGAAACCAAAUCUGCCGCCACAACGUACACCGCCAUCUCUCGGUGCCGAGUGGAGGUGCGAUGCCUGGGCGAUCUGAACUCUGAUUGGCUGCCGACAUAGCUUCGCCCGUUUGGACCAUGUGGUGCGCUGCGCUCGGCAGGAGCUCGCGGUCUUCUCCUCACUGAUCAUCCAGACGGACCGACCUGUAGUCGGGUGUUGUCGUGGUGCGUGUGUUAUUACGCUCUGGAUGCCUCGCGCCCCGUUGCUGAAUCGGUGGCGACCGAGUGGAGGUGGCUUCCCGUAACACCUGAGAGUGCACCGUGACUCACGUUUACGUUUCUGUUGAUACUCUGUCUUCAUCUACUUCAUCUUUCAACGGUAGUUAUGGUGGCGUCGUCAGGACAUCGUCAAUGUCUUCGUCCUUCGAGGACUCGAUGUGUGACCACGCGUGCUUACUGUGGGUUGUCCGUCACCUCUGGAAUUGUGGUGUGGUGCUUCGUGUGCCUCGUCGGACUAACGCCAGAUGCUAUAUCAGCCGAAGAAACAACCGUGACUGGACUGGUUGGAGACUCCGUGAAGCUGCCCUGCGACGUUGAUACCAAGCGCUGCGGCAACGUGUACUUCAUAACGUGGACUAAAAAUGUGGCCGAUGUCUGGAAAAGGAUCUACCUCUAUAGCGACGCGGUCGAAAAGCCCUUGCAAGAGUUGGCCAACCCAGACAGGGCAGAUUUUUUCCUCAACAACUCCACGGCGAUACUCAAGAUAUCUCCCGUGAGAUUGGCCGACGAGGGCCAGUACAAGUGCGAUGUAACAUACGUUCGCGGAAAGUGUCCUUCCCUCUCCUACGCCAAUCUCACUACUGUCGCAAAGCCUAGUGUACCAGUGAUUGAAACGAAAGGAUCUACGCUAGAAACUGGAGCAGUCGUUGGUCCACUCCAGGAGGGAGACGUCCUGACAAUCACCUGCAAAACGUUUGGCGGGAAGCCUUCUCCUAAAGUCACCUGGUACAAAGGUGGUUCACCAUUGCCGGCCAAGGUGGAGGAAGCGAAAAAUGAGCGAGGCGCCGGAGACGUCAAGGCUACCUUUACAACGGCGCUGCGACGGCAAGACCUCGGUUCCAAGUACGAGUGCGUAACGACGAACGAAGCCCUCGACCAGCCUCUUAAGACCUGGGUUGAAUUGGAUCUACAUGUAAAGCCAGAGGAAUUAGAAACGGAUGUCCCUACAAUGCCCAUCAAGGCGGGCACGGUACUGCGAGUCAAGUGUGUCGUUUCUGGGGCUCGACCAGCAGCCGACGCAACAUGGUACAAUCGUACGGAGCGCAUGAAGCACCAACCUCAGCCGAUGGUUGAACCCCUCGGAGACGGCACAUUUCGCACCACAAGUACCUUGGAGGUGGUCGUGUCCCGUCACGAUCAUGAAGGCAGCUUCACGUGCAAGGGAAGCAACUCUGUGCUGCACAGUUCCGGAGAAGCGCCGCUGGAGAAAACCAUCGAUCUGCUCGUGCAAUAUCCACCGGACGUCAAGAUAGAACAGAGCCGUUCCGGCGUGGUCAAGGAACGAGCUCAUGUGGUUCUUCACUGUUCUUACAUUGCGAACCCGCGCAUGAUCCUGGAUAUGCGCUGGUACAAGGACGACGCUUUGCUGCACAUCGACCAGGACGAGCGGUUGGAGAUCAGCAACCCUGGUCUGCCGACGCUCACAAUCCGCGAGCUCACCCGGUACGACCGUGGCCGGUACGGAUGCGGCCUCAAAAACGAGAUCGGCUGGGGGAACUCUUCAAACACAGCUCACCUAGACAUACUUUACUCUCCGACUGUUGCGGCAGUUGUAUCCCCGCCGUUUUUGCAAGAAGGCUACGGCACUCGCGUCACACUGUCGUGCAACGUCCUGGAGGGUAACCCUGGAACUCUCCGCCGCGUCAGCUGGUAUAAGAACGGGGAGCUCCUCAAUGAGACCACAGAGCGCGUUAUCGUCUGGAUGGACGUCAUGAGGAACUUCACCGGAAACUAUUCCUGUGCAGGCGAGAAUGAUGCCGGAUGGGGGCCGGUUUCCGACCCACAAGAGCUCAUCGUCUAUUACCCUCCUGGUCCUACGAGAGUGGUACACAUGAGUGAAUUUGCAAUCAAAGGUGAACCGACGUCUCUCUCGUGCGUCGUGGAUGAUCCAGGAUUGCCUCCAGCAACACACUACCGAUGGGAGUUUCAGGGAAACGUCUCCAAUACACAAACGGAUUCCAUCUUUACUACGGAGCCUACGAGUCUCUCAUCACGUGGCAACUAUUCUUGCGCAGCUGUCAAUGAUGUUGGAGCUGGCCCGAGUGGAGAGUAUGAACUGCGGGUCCAGGCUCCGCCUGAUUUCAUAGAGCCAUUACCCAUCGAAACUGGAGCCCUGCAGAAUGCGAGCGACGUGAGUCUAUCGUGCCGUGUCGAAUGCGAGCCGACGUGCGUCAUCGACUGGCUGCGUGCAGGCGAACUCAUCGACAAGUACAACCCACAGUUCACCAUCCAGAUGACGCCUCACCCAAUCGAACCCAAGGAGAACCACUUCGCUUCCGUCGUUAGCACGCUUAAGUUCAACAUGACCUUGUGGCCUGGAGGAGUCCUCGAUCGAGUGACCGACAACACAACAUUCACAUGCCGAUCAACCGGCAACCUUGUCGGCAAGGGAGUGUCUUCCACAACUCAUUUUCAAGUCCAGUACCCUCCUGAAGACAUCUGGGUAUCAAGUUUUCACGUCACAGUAGCUGAAGGCAAUACAUCGGAGCCUAUCACGUGCGGUGCUCAGUCGAGGCCUGCCAGCCAAUACCGGUGGAUCUACCAGAACCAAACUAUUUCUGACAGCCCUCAUUUGUUCAUGAACUAUAGCUUGGGCCGUGAGCGUACAGGAAACUACACUUGCGUCGCUAUGAAUCGUCACGGUUCCGCCAGCGCCAACACCUUUAUCAAUGUCACGUAUGCACCAUCUUGCACACUAUAUACCAGCAAGAACGACGAAGGCCAAACGACCAUCAUAUGCGAAGUGGAUGCUAAUCCUCCACGUGUCAAUAUCAUUUGGAUGCGAGGCAAUGAGACUAUUGAGGACCAUAUCUACACAGAGGGCCUGAGAAGUGUCCACACUUUAACCGACUCAUCGGUCACGGAACAGUACGGCACUUACUUCUGUUUACCGAACGGUACGCUUGGAGCCGCUGAAUGCAAGCAGACCAUCAAUGCUCUAGGUGGUGCGUAUAAUCAUGUCUACUUGGACGACGAGCAAGUAAUGAUGAUCACAGGCAUCGCCGGGCUCAUCGUGCUUAUAUUUAUUAUUAUCAUCGUGAUUCUAGUUCUCAUCAUGAAGCGCCGGCGAAAGCGAGACCUGAACAGCCCAGCCAAGGCCAAGGUGGCGGCGGAGCCACUGUACCAGAACGUUGAAGGGACGAAGACGGAAAACGGGCCACCGCCUCUAGGGAAUGAAGCGGAAAACAGGGCUAUGUACGAAAAUAUGCCAUUCCAUCCACAGAGGAAUCCGAAAGGGCCCUACAGACCAGAUAUCAAUGACGAGCUCCUGUACGCUGACAUGUACGAGGAUGUGAAGGCCGGGCGUGUGCCAGACCCACGCCUAGUGAAGCCGCCGCUGCCACCGAAGGCUGGUGCCUCAAUUCCACGGUCCGAGCCGCCUUUGCCACCGAAGGCACGUAAGCGGAAGGACUGACCGUGCCCUCCACGAAAUGAGUUCUGUGACCAAGCGUCUGCGAAACACCCGUCACAGCACCACUCAACUCGAUCGCCGGCUGCCAAGUUCCCUGACAGCGACGCGUUGUUGUUUAGGCUCAUGCAGAAUCGUCACUUCUGGAUGUCGCGUGCUGCAUCAGCGUGGGACAUAUUCUCAAAGUAGAGCCUUGAAAGAAGACACCUCAGUUGUUCAGGGAGGGCCCUCGUUAUUUCGUGCAAUAUUGUGUCCCAGAAAGUCAUGUGGUGUGUUGCAAAAUGCGACCAGAAACAAAGUCCAGUUUGAGUGUGAGCUGCAGUUUUUCAUUGUGAUGUACCAGACCAAAUCAAAGCACGUCAGUUGUUGUCAAGGCACACCGUCAUAUUCCUGUAUGUUUGGUAUUUAGAUAGGGCUUCAGUUUCUGUGGCUGAUGCUGACAGCGACGCGUACAAUCGAAACGCUAAUGACACGGAACGCAGCAGAGCAUCUCAUAACACGAGUCAAUACCGACCAGGGGUACGCUCGAAAAGAUUAAAAACUGUAAUGUAAUAUUCUUUAAUAUGAAUUAGAAAUAGUGCUAUCGGGCACUUCUUGGAAGAGUAUAGACACUGAUCUGCUCUGUCGUCAAAGAAAAAACUCAUAGCAAAAAAAAAAAAAAAAAAAGAAAAACACGCUCUUUCUGUCUUUUUACCAUUUCCAUAUUCUUGCUGUCUGCCAUUCUGUAGCAUACGUUUCACAACUGCACGUACAUCGUUGAGAGUCAGCACGGGUACAGAACGACAACCUUACCCCUAUUAUGCGUGUCUGUAACGUCUUCACUGAUAAGGAACUUGGCGCGCGGUAUGACUGUUGAUUGUGAUCGGCCCUCUUGCCUUUCUGCCGUCACUCCUCCCCAAGACUGGUUCCCACAGAGAAAGGAGCUGAUCGUCGACAGUGUGAAUGGUGUGUGAGCUAUGACAAUGUGCUUCAGUCUCCAUGUAAGUGUGCGAGUGUCUUCACUUCACUUGACUUUAAGCCACCACGAUAGCACAAGGGACGCACCAAAGCAAAGCUGUGCACUGUGCAACAAAAACUGAAAGACAAUUUGCUCGGACUCAGAGACUGAUUCAACUCACCGCAAGUUCCAGGACGUCUCGAUGUAGGACGUCGAUGUUUCUUCGCAAAUGUGGUCACUUCUAGUUGUUGUAUUUGCUUUGAUGUUUUAGCAACUUUGAUUACCUAACAACGUUUUGCUAUUAGCAAAAUUGAAACUAAAUGAGCAAGACGUCACUUUUCUCUAAGGGCCAUAUUGGUCACAAGAAGGUUGCUAUAUUUGAGGUCAUGAAUCAACUCAAGUAUUUCCGUGUUUUGCCUAAAGUGAAAGUGAAAUGACCUGAGAUCUGCAAUGAGUAAUGCAGCGAUGCUCUGAGCGAGUUUGCGUGCUCAGGCUGCGCUACCAAAGACAGUGUACCGGCAUUUCAUGUGAUGCAUCUUUAGUUGCAUCGUCACCUGAUACGAUGUCGGCAAUUUGCACUCUGUUGCUGUUCCUUCGGUUACUUGCACUUAUUUGAAGACAAGGCUCACUGGAAAAGACUGGUGUGAAGUAGAGGUGCGUCAGAAAGGGGAGAUUCACAACUGAACGCAGAAGAAAAUGCAAGACAAACCGUAUUUUCUUGCCCAACCCAAUACACCAAAGAAGUUUACUACAAUCGUUACGUUGCGUAUUCACGUUUUUCUUUGCUCUAUCUUCAAUCUCGAGAGUUUGUUCGCGGUGAUUCCACAUGCAUUGUCCUUCACAUCACGUUUGCACUGUUUCUGACAACAUCACACUGACAGAAAUGUAAAGGUGCUGUGUAAGCCAUUUUCAUGAGACAUGCGUUGAAAGUGCAGUCAGUCAGUGAUUGCUUUCUCUUCUGUUUUUCUUUUGUGUGUUUGUUGCCGCAUUCUUUGGAAUGGCGCCAUAUUUUCUCUCAGUCACCAUCCGAUACGCGUUUCUGGUUAGUCGUUCCCGUACAAAGUGAAGGCUCGUUGACGCUUCAGAGUAAUGGCGUUUCGCAGCAAAAUCGCGAGCAACCAUCACGCGUGCAGUGCGCUGUCUCCCGUUUCUUACGCUAUCGUGAUUGUGCACAUUCACGCGAGCUUUGUGGAAUGAGUACUUCGAAACUUGCGAAACUUCGUUUACUUCCUGGUCGAAGUCAUGACUUGGAUGCGUUUCCUAUGUUUGUGGAAUGUGCUCAACGGACACCACAAGUUGUACACCGAUUGAUGUUGACUACACAGCUUGAAAAAGUGCUUGCUAUGUCUAAUUUAUUGUUUCUCUCUCUCUGUCUUUUUUUAUGGUUACUUCGGAAUAUGGCUUGUAAGCCGUAAGUCAUGUACUAGUCAACAUUAACGCUCAGUGCAGCGAGAAGUAGUUAAUAUAUUUACGAGUGUUUUUGUGUCAGAGAUUUGUGGUUCUUGUUUUGCUUUUAUGAACCUUCUUAUGGAGUUUGUAAAACAUUGCGAAGAAGCGCUUCGCCUUCGCGGAUUGCGAAGCAAAGAAUGUCUUGGAAACAAUGGGUGCCUCACUGUAAAUUACCUGUAAUAUUUUCUAUCAAUUUCCUAUGUAAGGUGAACACCGACCGACAUGAGAAUAAUAGUUGAUAAAUAAAUUGCACCGAAACUCGA